AUGCGACACAAAAGCCUAAUACUACAACAGCAACAACCACGACAGCAACAACUGCAACGACAACAACAACUACAACAACGACAACAACGACAACAACAACAACGACAACAACUACAACAACGACAACGUCUACAACAACGACAACGACUACAACAACGACAACAACAACAACAACAACGACAACAACGACAACAACCACAACAACGACAACAACCACAACAACCACAACAACAACAACUACAACAACGACAACGACAACAACUACAACAACGACAACGACAACAACUACAACUACAACAACGACAACAACUACAACAACGACAACGACAACAACUACGACAACAACAACGACAACAACUACAACAACCACAACAACAACGACAACAACAACAACGGAAACUACAACAACCACAACAACGACAACAACGACAACGACAACACCAACAACGACAACAACAACAACAACGACAACAACUACAACAACCAAAACAACAGCAACAUCAGCAACAACAACAACCGCAAGUAUGUCCAUGUGUUCAAGGUUUUAAUAACUGA